AUGGAGAAGGACAUAUCUGACAAUUACCACAAGCCCUUAAACCCAGUAAAUACACAGUUGUCAGAACUGAGAAUCCAUCCACCAAUAUCUGCAUCCAAAAAAUCAGGAACUGCAUGGUAUCCCCCCCCCUACAUCAUCAAAAUCAACGUGGAUGGGGCGUUUAUUGCAAACUCAAAUGACGCAGCCAUUGGGGUGAUCGCGCGUGACCAGCAUGGUAUGGUUAUAGGUAGGGUUGCACGCAAACUCAAUCCCCCGAACACCUCGGAAUCAACUGAAGCGUUGGCUUUUAUUCACAGGUUUAGAUUCGCCAUUGAAAAUGGACGGCAACAAGUUCUUAUCGAAGGAGAUGCUAUUUCCAUUGUGGACCGCCUUGCUAACAGAAGAGAGGACAUUUCCAUCGUCGGUUUGCUGCUCAACGUGGUUCAAGAGUACAUCGCCAACAACCCGAGCUUUAAGGUCUUGUACCUCAAUAGGGGAGCUAAUAGAGUUGCCCAUGCAUUGGCAACCUGGGCACUAUCAAGGAGUAACCCUUACUGGUUUUACUAUGAUGAACCAGAUUGUAUAAAAAACAUGUAUUACUUGAUGCAAUUGGAAUCUAAUUGA